GUAGAAUACCGCUUGAAGUCACGUUCGCAGACGAUCCAAGAGGCUGUAGAUCCAAGAGCAAUAGACUGGCUUGUCCUCAGCUCCGUUCCCAUGCCUUGCAGCUAGCAGCGCUUCUCGUCCACAUCCUACUAACUUAGCUUUGUGCUAGCCAUGCACCUCUCAGCUGCGACCGAACUGCUCGUGGAUCUCUGGCUCGCGAUCUGCGCCGCGUUCGUGCCUACGCUCCACUUCCUAUGGCGCUCGCCCAGGGCACUCCUCGAUCCCACCGAGGUCUCGCGCUACUUCAUGUCACAUGUCUGGGCCGCUGGCUUCGGCAACGGCAUCGACCAGAACGCCCGCGAGGAGAAAAUUAAGGUCAUCACGCCCUACGCGCGCGGCGUCGUGCUUGAUCUCGGCGCAGGCCAUGGACACACCGUCAACUACUUGGACCACGACAAGGUCACGAAAUACGUCGCCCUAGAGCCCAACGUGCACAUGCACCAAAAAAUCCGCGACAUAUCCAACGCCGCUGGCUACGACGAGCCCUCGGGCACCCUCCUCAUCCUGGCAUGCGGCGCAGAGGACAUCCACGCGAUCACGCGAGCGCUCGGAGGAAGGCACACCGUCGACACCGUCGUCUCCGUCCUCACGCUCUGCUCGAUUCCCAAGCCCCAGGCUGCCAUCGCGGCGCUCGCGCAGGAGGCUCUAAAGCCCGGCGGUGAAUUCGUCUUCUACGAACACGUGCUGAGCCCCAGAUCCGAUGUUGCGUGGUGGCAGCGCUUCUGGACACCUUUAUGGAAGCUUGCGUUCGACGGCUGUCGGUUGGACCGACCGACGUACCUAUGGGUUGACGAGGUGGGCGGAUGGAGCGACAAGGAGGUUUGGGGCAAGGCCGACGAGCCCGAAGAGCAUCUCUUCUGGCAUCGCUCGGGCAGAUUCGUCAAGACCGCGUGAUGCAAGGGUACGCGGUCGCGGUCGUUACUGCUGUACGAUACGGCUACAGAAUUAAUAAAAAGCAGAAACUCGGUACAACAUAGCCUGACAUGCCAUAAAUAUGGGCUUAAAAACUGGAAGUCCCUAUCAUGAUCCUUACACAUCUAAGAUCCAUCCUUCCUCUGCACCCCAGCUCAACACAUGCGCAGC